CUGAAACAUUGUACUGUGUUGUCCCAUAAUCAGUCACAAAUCUUUGAAUUUCAAAAUAUUUGUUUCCAUUUAUACUUUUAUCCCCUGACUUUCUCUUUUCUGUUCCGAAUAUUGCAUUAUUUGCAUAGCAUCUUCUUCAAAUCCAAAGUUUAUUUUCUCUCCCUUUCAAUUUCUUGCUCAAGACAGAGAGAAAAAGUGACAUGAUGGGGCCGCCGAAUGGAUUAUCAAAUGAAAGGAAACAAGAUUGGCUUGGUGUUCUUAUUAAUAACAGCUUUGGCAAUUGUGAAGAUCAUGAAGAUGUUAAGUUUAAUGAAAAGAAUGUGUUCUGUGUGGACUGUGAAAUUAGCUUAUGCAGGCACUGUAAGGAAGCCCAUUCCCUCCAUCGAAGGUUCCAGAUAUACCGAUAUUGCUAUCAAGAUGUUGUUCGCCAUUCUGAUCUGCUCAAGUAUUUUGACUGCUCCAACAUUCAGACUUAUAUAUCCAACAAUGACAAGAUUGUGCACCUCAAACCAAGGCCUUCAAUCAAAGACAUCAAACUAGGAAAAAUAUCAAAAUCUGCUAAUCAAGCCAAAGAAGCACAAACAUCCACACCUCCUAAGUCUGGUGGUAUUUGUAAAGAAUGUGGAAAACAUUUACAAGAUGCGCGCAAUCAUUUCUGCUCCAUUAAAUGCAAGAUCUCAGUGCUUCCAGUGGAACCCCAAAAGCAAGGAAUUGCAGAACAUUCUAUGAAUAAAAAGCAGUGUUCACAGAAGAUUUCAGAGGAGCCUUUGAACCAAAAUGAUAACCAAAAUUCAGAGAAUGAGUCAUCUAUCUCUAUAGCUGAGCCAUAUGAAUGUGUUGAAAUAGUGAACUUCAGAAAGAGGCCAAGGAAAAGCACCCCUCACAUAUCUCCUUUGAUAUGAAUUUUACAACAUCUUGAAAUUUUUUUCCUUUUUUGAUUCUUUUUGUUUUUGCAUUUUUGGAGAAUAAGAUUUUGCCAAUCUCAAAGUAGCUUGUUGAGCUUGUACAGCACAAGUUUGGAUAGUUCAUGAAAGGUGUACAGGGUGCACUGUGGUUACUCUUCAAUUCCAUAUUUUUUUCCCA